GUCUUCUACUUUCUUUACUGCCUGCUCACAUUGCCAUGGAAAUGAAAGCUGAGAUUAUUCAGAGGUUACAAGGCCCCAGAGCAGGCCAGCUGGAAAAUACAAACAACUUUCACAAUUUAUAUGUCAAGAGGCACACCAAUGUGAGUAUUUUGUAUGCUGAUAUUGUAGGAUUCACUCGGCUGGCUAGUGACUGCUCACCUGGAGAACUGGUGCACAUGCUUAACGAGCUCUUUGGCAAGUUUGAUCAAAUUGCAAAGGAAAAUGAAUGUAUGAGAAUUAAAAUCUUAGGUGAUUGCUACUACUGUGUAUCUGGACUACCUAUAUCUCUUCAAAAUCAUGCCAAGAACUGUGUGAAAAUGGGAUUGGACAUGUGUGAAGCCAUAAAGAAGGUCAGAGAUGCAACUGGAGUUGAUAUCAAUAUGCGUGUAGGAGUGCAUUCUGGAAAUGUCCUUUGUGGUGUUAUUGGGCUACAGAAGUGGCAGUAUGAUGUAUGGUCACAUGAUGUUACAUUGGCAAACCACAUGGAAGCUGGAGGAGUCCCAGGCCGUGUUCACAUUACUUCAGUCACCUUGGCACAUUUGAAUGGAGCAUACAAAGUGGAAGAAGGGGAUGGAGAUGUAAGGGACCCAUAUCUGAAGGAGCAUAAUGUUAAAACCUACUUUGUAAUCAAUCCCAAGGGAGAAAGGCGAAGUCCUCAGCACCACUUCAGACCCCGGCAUACCUUAGAUGGAGCUAAAAUGAGAGCCUCUGUCCGCAUGACCCGGUACCUGGAAUCUUGGGGUGCAGCCAAGCCAUUUGCACACUUACACCACAGGGACAGCAUGACCACUGAAAAUGGCAAGAUUAGUACCACAGAUGUGCCAAUGGGUCAGUAUCAUUUCCAGCGCUGCAGAGAAAGAACAAAAUCACAGAAGAAAAGAUUUGAAGAGGAAUUGAAUGAGAGGAUGAUUCAGGCCAUUGAUGGAAUCAAUGCUCAAAAGCAAUGGCUUAAAUCUGAAGACAUUCAAAGAAUAUCACUACUUUUCUAUAACAAAACUCUGGAAAAAGAAUACAGAACAACUACACUGCCAGCAUUCAAGUAUUAUGUGACAUGUGCUUGUCUCAUAUUCUUCUGCAUUUUUAUCGUGCAGAUUCUGGUAUUACCAAAAACAUCUAUCCUUGGAAUUUCCUUUGGGGUGGCAUUUCUCUUGCUUUCCUUCAUUCUUUUUAUCUGUUUUGCUGGACAGCUUUUGCAAUGCAGCAAUAAAGCCUCAGCUUCACUGUUGUGGAUUUUGAAAUCAUCUGGAAUAAUUGCAAACCGUCCCUGGCCACGAAUCACUCUCACAUUGACAACUACUACUAUAACAUUAACGAUGGCCAUAUUCAAUAUGUUUUUCCUGGAUGAUCCUGUGAUAAGUUUCAUCCCGAUUCUUAAUUCAUCAAAUGCAAGUUUUCCCGAAUCAAGUGCUCAAACACUGUGGUACAUACAAAACAACUAUUUUUACCUACCAUACUUUAUCUAUAGCUGCAUUCUGGGGCUGAUAUCCUGUUCUGUUUUCCUGCGGAUAAAUUAUGAGUUGAAAAUGGUGAUAAUGCUGAUUGCAUUGGUGGGCUACAAUGUCAUCCUCCUGCACACUCAUGGUUCCACACUGGAUGAUUACAGCAAAUUCCUGUAUGCAAGGGCACCUAUGAAAAGGCCAGGAAUAUUGAAAGACCUGAAGACAAUGGGUUCUGUGUCUCUCUUUAUAUUCUUCGUGACAUUACUAGUUCUUGGUAGACAGAAUGAAUAUUACUGUAGGUUAGACUUCCUGUGGAAGAACAAGUUCAAAAAAGAGCGUGAGGAGAUUGAAACCAUGGAGAACCUGAAUCGGGUGCUGCUGGAGAAUGUGCUUCCUGCACACGUGGCUGAACACUUCUUGGCAAGGAACCUGAAGAACGAGGAGCUAUAUCACCAGUCAUAUGACUGCGUCUGUGUCAUGUUUGCCUCUAUUCCGGAUUUCAAAGAAUUUUACACAGAAUCUGAUGUAAAUAAAGAAGGCUUGGAAUGUCUCAGACUGCUAAAUGAGAUCAUUGCUGACUUUGAUGAUUUGUUGUCUAAACCAAAAUUUAGUGGAGUUGAAAAGAUCAAGACCAUUGGAAGCACUUACAUGGCAGCUACAGGACUGAGUGCUACGCCCAGCCAAGAACACAGUCAGGAACCUGAACGACAGUAUAUGCACAUAGGAACUAUGGUGGAGUUUGCAUUUGCCCUAGUGGCAAAACUGGAUGUAAUAAACAAGCACUCAUUCAAUGAUUUCAAGUUACGAAUAGGCAUCAACCAUGGACCUGUAAUAGCUGGAGUAAUUGGAGCUCAGAAACCACAGUAUGACAUCUGGGGCAACACAGUGAAUGUGGCUAGCAGGAUGGACAGCACUGGUGUCUUAGAUAAAAUACAGGUUACAGAGGAGACGAACAACGUCUUACAAACGCUGGGGUAUAUGUGCACUUGCAGAGGAAUAAUAAAUGUAAAAGGAAAAGGAGAACUGAAAACAUAUUUUGUACAUACUGAAAUGACAAGGUCCCUUUCACAAGGGAAUGUGGCAUCCUGAAGAAUAUUUUUAGGUGUCAACAAUACCGUAUUUUCAGGAAAGUAUCACACACUUUUUAACUCCAUUUUGGCCCUUAACUUGAAUGUGCGUGUUAUUUUCCGGUAUUAUGGAACUGUUAUUUUAGUAUGGCUGCAGAAUGGUCCGAUGAUCCAGCAGUACGCACCUCGCUAUUCUUAUAUUCCAGGGCAGUUGUGUUGUGUGCUAUAGGACUAGAAGACUGUACUGCAACUUACACUGUUACUUCAAGACAAGAAAGAAGAAACAGAGAUUGAUAAAGAGACUAAAAUGCAGAGGCUGAUACCAAAGGGAUUAAGAUGAUGUUAGUGAUAAACAAAAACAAUCUUAAGGCAAUAAAGCUAGGGGUGCAUAAUAUUUUCUGGUGCAUGAUGUUUCCUGGAAGAUACGGUAGCUCCCCAAUAGCAUCCACUAGUCUGACAUUAAAAUAUACAGUAUUUGUAAAUAAGUUGAUUCUGUCCCUCCAUAUACAAUUUGGAUAUGUUCACCAGUUGUGUCUCAUAGCCAGUGACAUGUUGGGGGCACCUGGUUGGCAUUCUUUCCUGGAGACAGUCCUAACAACAAAGGAGCAGUUUUGUACAAACAUGUCAGCUGUUUUAAUGCCAUUGUCUUUUGUAAGGUUAAUUCAUUAAAAGUUUGUAUGUACUUUGUCUUAUA